ACGAGGUCUGUAAAUGAAAAACAUGUGGUUUAUAAGAAGGCGAUAUUCACUGUUGUGAUCCGAGAUCUCUUCACUCCACAGAUACAGACUCAGAGAGAGAGACUUUUAUUUUGUCUUUUUAAUCUACAUCAUUCCUCAUCUAAACAUGGAGACAGUAACAAACAGGAGAAAUUCUGAGGAACAUUUUUGGAGAAGUCGGCACUUAAGGCUGAAUGAUUUAAAAAAGGAAGCUCGAGGUUUGGUAAAUAAGUGUCUUUUCAAAGACAACAUCCCAGAAUACCCUCACCCAGAGUUUGUCGUAUCUCAUGUGAAACACGACACAGACAGAGAGGGAUUGCGUGGCAUCAGUGAGGAUAACGGCUUCAAGGCCCCCUUCAAGGACCUGUCCUCUAAGUUGGGUCUGCUGUGGUGGAGUCUGUCUGUGGGACCUGAUGAGAUAAAGUCAGCUGAGAGGAGACUCCUGAAGAACACCUACCCAGAUCAGACGGAGGAGGAGCUCCAGAAGCAGCAGGGAUUCCUGGAGAAGUUCACCACCUCUCCAGCCUUCCUGAAGAGCUCCAGGCUGGGCUCGUACCGCUUCACCUUCCCCCUGGAGGAACUGCUGGAGGCCUACAGCAAACAGUUUUGCUCCGGCGCUCCACCCGUCAUGCGAGUGUUUAAAACAAGCUUCUACAAACAGGAAGUGAAUUACGUGGUGCUGGUCCACAGUCCAGACCAGGACCAGUUCUCUGACUAUCCUCUGCUGACUGAAGACCCAGACGCUGUGUGCACUUACAGAGACGGCUGCUUCAUCUGGAGGCCUGAGGCCAUGAGUGGGACACACGGAUAUGAGUUGAUCGUGGGACCUGAUCAGAUGGAAGUGACGGAGCUGUUUGAUGAUAACGUUCAGUACUAUGUUUGGGAUAAUGUCUCCAUCGCCCUGCAUGUGGAGGAUAAGGUGCUGGACUUUGAUGCCGGCCGACUGAGAGAGAACCUCAAGUCCUGUCGUGGAGAAAUAUUUAGAAAGCGUGGUGUCAAAUAUGAAGACUUCCCAACAGAGGAGCUUGUUAAUGAAUUGUGGCCUGACCAUCCCUCCCCACUGGAGAAAGAUGAAUAGCUAAAUUAAGUGUCAACAGUGUCACCAUCUGAUAGUUUUUCACUAUUAAAGUGUUUUCCCUGAAUCUU